UAUGGUUGAGUAGAUAUUUUAUAAAAAGAAGUAGACUUCUCUUGGCAAUUCAAAUAAUAAUUAGUAACAAAUCAGCAUACGAUAGUACAAAAACUAGAUGAUAGACCCAAAAAAACAAUAAGAAAAUGUAAAAUAAAGACCGGAGAUCUGUACCAUAAAUGAUGAUUGACUAAUCCAACCUGUUCAAUUUAAUUUCAAAUUAAAUAUACUGACCACUCCUAAAAUAAUAAUUGCCACUUUCGAUCCUUCAAUCCAAUCUCUCAGCCCUUCGCCGAAAUCUGAAAUGAGAUGCCGCCGCCACCACUACCAUCACCACCGCUCUCUUUCCUCCUCCUCCUCCUCCUGCUGCUGCUGUGUUAUUUAUCUUCCUGUUUUGCCCUGGACUUUCUCUUUAAUUCCUUCAAUACCACUAACCCGGACGUCAUUCUAAUCGGCGAUGCCCGGGUAGACUCAUCGGUCAUACGGCUCACCAACGACACAAAUCAAUAUUCACUUGGUCGUGUCUUUUACCCAUCGAGAAUUCGAAUGAAGCCGACUCAAAACUCUACUACUCUCUCUUCAUUUUCAACUUCCUUUGUUUUCUCUGUUUUACCAGAGAUCGCUACGAGUCCAGGCUUUGGCCUCACUUUUGUUCUCUCAAACUGGACAAACCCACCUAAUGCUAUUGCCAGUCAGUACUUUGGCCUGUUCACAAAUAGCACAGUACCUUCUCAAGCUCCACUACUUGUUGUAGAAUUUGAUACUGGGCGAAAUCCUGAAUUCAAUGACCCAGAUGGGAAUCAUAUUGGGAUCGAUUUGAAUAAUAUUGAAUCUAUCGCAACAGAGCCUGCUGGAUAUUAUAAUUCAUCUGAUGAUUUUGUUCCGCUAGCUAUGAAUACUGGGCAGAAUGUUCAUGCUUGGAUUGACUUCGAUGGUACUAAUCUUGAGAUCAAUGUUACGGUAGCGCCUAUUGGUGUGUCACGUCCUUCUGUUCCUACCUUGUCCUAUAAAAAAUCUAUAAUUGCUAAUUACGUUUCUUCUGAUAUGUUUUUCGGGUUUUCGGCUUCCAAAACUACUUGGGUUGAGGCACAAAGGAUUUUGGCUUGGAGUUUUAGUGAUACUGGGAAUGCUAGAGACAUCAAUACUACAAAUUUGCCAGUUUUUAUGCUACCUUCAUCGUCUAAUUCUUUAUCAGCUGGAGCUAUUGCUGGGAUUACAAUUGGUUGUGUUGCUUUUGUGCUCAUUUGUGCUUAUGGGUUUUACUGGUUUUGGUUAAAGAAGAAGUUUAAUAAUCAAGAAGAGGAUGAGAUGGAAGAUUGGGAACUUGAGUACUGGCCUCAUAGGUUCUCCUACGAAGAACUAACCCAAGCUACAAACGGAUUCUCCAAAGAUCAGCUUCUGGGUUCAGGAGGUUUCGGGAAAGUAUACAGAGGAACACUGUCAAACAACACAGAAAUUGCAGUCAAAUGCGUAAACCACGACUCCAAGCAAGGUUUAAGAGAAUUCAUGGCAGAGAUAUCAAGCAUGGGCAGACUUCAACACAAAAACCUAGUCCAAAUGCGAGGAUGGUGCAGAAAAUCAAACGAACUCAUGCUUGUUUACGAUUACAUGCCUAAUGGCAGUCUGGACCGCUACAUAUUCAACUCAACCAACAAAUCUUUAAACUGGCAGAAACGUCGCCAGAUCCUCUCAGACGUAGCAGAAGGACUAAACUAUCUCCAUCACGGAUGGGACCAAGUAGUAAUACACAGAGAUAUCAAAUCAAGCAACAUUUUAUUAGAUUCAGAAAUGCGAGGCAGACUUGGAGACUUCGGGCUCGCAAAGCUAUAUAGUCACAAUGAGGUGCCCAACACGACACGAGUAGUAGGGACAUUGGGAUACUUAGCGCCAGAGCUGGCAACACUGGCGGCACCAACAGCUGCAAGCGAUGUAUAUAGUUUUGGAGUGGUGAUAUUGGAAGUGGCGUGUGGGAGGAGGCCAAUAGAGAUGGGGAAAGAUGAUGACGAGGAUGAUAGAGUGUUGAUUGAAUGUGUAAGAGAGUUGUAUGUUGAAGGAAAAGUUGUUGAGGCUGCUGAUGAGAGGAUUCAAGGAGAGUAUGGUGUUGAGGAAAUGGAGAUGGUCUUGAAACUUGGGUUGGCUGCUUGUCACCCUGAUCCUCAAAGAAGGCCUACCAUGAAGGAGGUUGUUGCUGUUCUCGUUGGAGAGGAUGCUGCUGCUGCACCGGCGGAGUUGCUGACUGAAUUGGCUCGUGGAGGCGGCGCCGGUGGGGAAGGAGCUUCCAGCCACCACCACCACCACCAGCGGCAUUGACUUUGACUGCCAGUGUGAAUAUGUAUUUCUUUUUUUCUUUUUGUUUUUUGACACGGUUAAUUUAAUUAAGUUUUUGUCAGAUAAUAACAAAGAAAAGUCAUUGCUUUGA